AACCUAAGUGUAUGUAAACUUCCGACUUCAACUGUAUUCUAUGUUCUUCAGAGUGAUGUUUGUGCCGCUGGUAAACAAUACAAUGUGUUUGUUCCUUCACUAACCCUUUAUAUGCUUUAGUAUACACAAAGAAUGUAUAUUGUAAGGCUUUCUGUUGUCUCCAUGUUGUUGCAUCUGGCUGGUGUCAAAGUGAUUCCAGGAGGAGGAACAUAGAGAGAAGGUUACUACGGAGACGGAGAGAGAAACUGCUGUAGUUUGUGGAGUGUUUCUGUGUUCUUCAUCUUGGCAGCCUGUUGCAAUAAAAUGUCUCUUAACGAUACUUCACAGCAAGAUGAUGCUGCUCUGGCUAUUCCUUCCUCUCUGCUGCCUGCGGCGGUGGCGCCCCCUCCUGUUGAGACUGAGUCACAGCAGCCUGUGCUGCAGCUAGAGGGUAUGACCCCUGACCUGGAGGAGGAGGCUCCAGUUGCAGCUCCUCAGGCUGCAGACUCACUUCUUAGCAGCCCCAGUCCCGCCCCUACUGAGCUAGCCCCGCCCCCAACACCACCAUCACUCGAACCCCAACAACUGUCUCAAUCGCAGAUCGGCCCUGGUCCUGAACCCAAGAUGUACAAGAAGGAUCUGUACAGUCUGGAGGAACCAGUGAGAGUGAACCACGGCGGCAUGAAGUCAUCUCUGAGCUACACCCAGCAGCCCUACCAGGACAAACAGCCAUACCGCCAGUACGACCACCCGCCUUACGCCUUCUGUAGCGACAGGGGGGGCUACGCCGAACCAAAGCCUCCCCAGGGGAACUUUGACUCUCACCUGCACUACGACAACCGUGUGCCUCAAAACUACGAUGAUGGCCGGUGGCCCCCCUACGACCAGCAGACCUCUUCUCCCCAGCCCCCGGGGUACCAGCCUGCCCUGGUCCACCAGCAGGGUUACACCCCCAGGGGGACCACCCCCUAUGAGGACGGCCCCGUCAGGGACUACAGCCCCCCACAACCCCGCUACGAUGAGGCCCCGGCGGGGAUGCAGGGCUACGACGGCAAGCCUCGUCACGGUAAACCUCCAGGGCCAAUGCGGUAUGACGAACCGUCUCUCCCGCCCUCGGCUGGCCCUUACGACGCCUGCUCUCCCUACGAGCCCGAGCCCCCUCACGGCUACUGCCUCAGCUCUCCCCGCUCCCCGGAACCCCCCAAGCAGUAUUACGGAGACUCUGCUCCUGUCCUGAGGCCCUCCUAUAACCCGGUGCCUCCCAGCCGGGGCGGUGGCUACAACCGUGAACCUCUAAUGACCUCUGACCCGCCCCUUCCCCCUCACAAACCUGAGCCCUUGGCCUCCCCGGGAGAGAUGGGGGUAAACGCGGGGUCCAAACCYCUCCCUCCACCGCCCCGGGGGGAGGAGGAAAGGGACGACCCAGCCAUGAAGCCCCAGUCGGUGCUCAACAGGGUCAAGAUGUUUGAGAAUAAGAGGUCGGUGUCUGUGGACCGGGCCAAGGAGGCUGGCGACUCCACCGUGAUGAGGCCUGCGGACCUGCCCAGACCUAUGACUGCACCUGGUCCUUUCCCCAAAGCCAACUCCCUCAGCAACCUGGAGCAGGAGAAACCUACUUACAGAGCCCCAGAGCCCCAGAAUCCCCCUGGGUCUAAACCCCUGGAUGACGUGUCCCACUCCUCCAACCACUACGAUGCUGACGAGGAUGAGGAGUAUUACAGGAAGCAGCUGUCCUACUUUGACCGCCGCAGCUUCGACAGCAAGGCCAUGAACCCCACCCCCGGGGUCAACCGCUUCCCACCACAGACCCAGCUAGCUUACCCUUACAACAGUCACAACUCUCUCUCCCCCAGUGUUCUGGAUGAUGAUGAGGAGGAUGAAGGUCACACAGUGGUGGCCACAGCCCGGGGGAUCUUCAACUGUAACGGCGGGGUGCUGAGCUCCAUCGAGACGGGAGUCAGCAUCAUCAUCCCCCAGGGAGCCAUCCCAGACAGCAUAGAACAGGAGAUCUAUUUCAAGGUCUGCCGGGACAACAGCAUCCUGCCCCCCCUGGACAAGGAGAAAGGAGAGACCCUGCUGAGUCCUCUGGUGAUGUGUGGGCCUCACGGUCUUAAGUUCCUGAAGCCGGUGGAGCUGCGUCUACCUCACUGUGCGUCUAUGACCCCCGAUGGUUGGUCUUUUGCUCUAAAAUCCUCCGACUCCUCGUCGGGUGACUCCAAGACAUGGCAGAACAAGUCUCUCCCAGGAGACCCCAACUACCUGGUGGGAGCCAACUGUGUGUCUGUGCUCAUUGACCACUUCUGAACAUAGAGGGAGACAGCUGGCCUGUUACUGAAUGUGUUAGAUCAGGGGGCAGCCACAGACUGAAACAUUGCCCUCCUCUCCUGCUGCUGUGACCCCGUUGUCCCACUCCCAGGCAGUAGAGGGCAGCACUGCUUGACUUGAUGAAGCACGAACUUGAUUAGGUAGGAGGCCCAUUGAAAUGGGAGGAGUCUCAACGCAGCAUCCUAUCCCAGUGCUGUGCUCUCUCUCUCCCCCCCCCCCCUUUUUUUGGUGCUUUAACUAAAGGCUUGCAAAAAAUAAAAACUUUUAAAAACUAUAAUAUAUUAUAUUUAAAAAAAAUUGAGCUGUUGUUGGAAUGCAUGAACAGUGCCACAGACUGACUGAAGAAUGAUCUCAUUUUGAAAUUUUUAGCCAUUUUUUAAAAAACCAAGUCUGAGCAAAUUGCAAGAAAAAUAACAUUUUUGAAAAAAUUCUAGAUAAGGAGAAUUCUUGGGGGAAAAAAUAAUAAUAAUAUUGCAACGGAAAUUUUCCAAUUUAAUGUAUGCACUCACAAACAGAAAAGUCGAUAUAUGCAAAAAAAACUUUUUUGUCUGUGAGGUUGUCUGUGGUCAUGCGUUUCUCUCUUGAAGGAUAGCUAAGGACUUGCAGAUGAUCUCAUCUCAACAAGGGUUUUGAAGGAAGAUUGGAGAUUUAAGUACUGUAGGCGUCGUUUAUGAAGAUAUAAUACUGAAGACGAAAGGUAAAGUAUUGGCAUUGGAUGCCCCUGUUUGRUUGGUCAAACGGGCUUUCUCUCUCCAUGUUUAGAAGAAGUGAAUCUUUUGUAGUUAUGUUUUACCGUAGAUACAUGUACCUGACUCGAUUUGAGAAACUCCUGCAGCUGUCUACAUCUAUGCAUGUGCUAUGACUCAGGUCCAGAAGCCUGCUUACUACUAAGUUGAAACACAUUAAAAGUCCCAUCUUGCACUGCAAGCAGUGCUGCCUUAUCUGCAUAGUAACUGUUUUUUUUUUCAGUAUAAAGACUUACUUAAAAACAGAUUUUUUUAAGUUGUAGUGAUWGAUCAAUUAUGGAAGUUUWAAAAAAKAAAUAAAAUUAAAAGCAUUUCUCUGCAUUUUCAACCCAUUAUAUCAGUGAACUUGGAUUUAGCAUACAAUAAUAUGAGGCUGAUGAAACGGUAA